UUACUUUGUGACGAAGAGGAGGGGUGACAGUAGUGUUGCUAGAAAUUUUAAGCAACGUGCAUCAGUUGCACAGUUCGGAGGUUCUACUGGACAAACAAUUGAAAUGGAGAAGGCUACAAAUGCUGACCAUUCCGGGGACAGACCAGAACGUGCAGAAGAGGGAGAGCAGGCCGAAGUUCAUCUGGAAGGUCUGCUUCUGAGAGCAAUGAAGGCAGAUCCUUUUCGUGAGGUGUACGAAGGUAUGCAGGACUUAUUUACUGUUGUGCUAAAAGCUGUCGGUCCAGGUCCUCAGGCUCUGCAGGGUGGUGCAGGUAGAGGACAUCAACCAGUGAAUCAACCUACUGCACAGUCAGUUGCACAGAUUAGAAAAGAAUUGUCAUUAGGAGAGAUGUCAGUAGACGUGUAUAGUUUAGUUCCAGAUGAACAAUCCAGCCGUUGUGACAGAUCUCAAGCCAGUAAUGAAGGUGACAUAACGCCAUUUUCACAUCUACAGGAAUGUUCCAUUCGCCCACAGUCUGUUGACAGUCAUGCCGCUCUCAGAAACAAUGAAGACUCCGGUGAUGUUGGACAUUUGGGCUUUGAUGUAUCUGUCGGCGAGGCACAUGACCAAGUGCAGAAUGAACGCGAUAAAACUUCGAUUCAGUCAUCCAUCUUAAGUCAGAAUCAAACUCUGUGGAUUGACAAGAAAUUACGAGAACUUCAGGCAGUGUCAAAAGAAUUAAAAGACUUACUGCACUUGAUGAAGGCUGAAACAGGUACUGCCGAAGAAAAAUCACGUAUUGAACGAAAUAAUAUGACGGACAGCAGAAUAGACCCUUGUAAUCGUGCGGACCCAAAGAACGUUAAGCGUACAUUAUCCGGAAGUCAAAUUGAAGGACACUCUGACCGAAAGAAAACCAAGUAUGAUGGAUAUAAAAUGCACAAAAAUUCUGCCUUAUGUGUUACUAAAUACUGGGUUGCGAAACUGCAGAGCAGGUGUCACGAACUGCAGGUUAUGUGCGAAGGGGUGAGUUCUGUACUGCCGGGUACGUUGGAGGCCUUUCUGGUGGGUGGUAUCAUUUGCCCAAAUUAUGCCAGACCAUACCUCCAUCUGGCAGAAGUCACCUACACGCUUAUUGGAUUCUCGUCCAAAUUACUUUCUGCCGUGGGAAACAUUAUGAACAAUAUUUCCGGUUCUAAUAUUAAGGAAAUCGCUCAUCUGCUUUUCGCAGUUAAGGAACUGAUUACAAUCUUUCCUCCACUGGAAACGGCUUGUCAGAAUUUGUACUCUGAGUAUCUGCACGAUCGCUCGCCCAGUGACUGUCAUUCAGGCAGCGAAGAGAGCAAACAUUGGCACAUUCAAGCUAGGGCGAAAAUUGAUACGAUAUUCCACCAAAUGGAUGUGGCUUAUGAGCAGUUGGAGAAGGCCAUCCGGAAAAUGAAUAUUAUUUGCGAUAAUGAAGCAGCGUCUUCAGAAAUACCAUUAUGCCAAUUGCGUCCUCAGACAGACUCAAAACAGGUUGAUCCGAAAGAAAUUUUAUUCAUAACUGCAAGAAAAAUCUUGUUAAUUGGGAAACAUAUAUCAUCUCUAAUGGAGGUAAGGAAGUUUCAAGGUCAAGCAGAAUAACUCAUGUCAUUUACUGACACAUGCCGGUUUUAUCGUAUUGACUUAGACGCAACAAAUUUGUUGUAUGUUUUUAACAAUUUGACGAACAUUUUCUUAUGUUUUUCGUUAAGUAAUUGGACAUUGCAAUUGUUUAAAUUUUAAGUCCAGUGUGUUAUGUUAAUAUGUGAAUUUCAUAUCUUGACAGAAUGUUAUGGCUAACCAUUAAGUUGGAAUACAGAGACAUGCGAGAUGAGUCUGUGUGCAAUGUUUGUGCUACAAUGUAACUGUGAAAUAUUCCUUGAAAUAAAGCAAACACCAUAAAA